AUGAAGCUCGAAGCCUGGGUCGCCACGGCGUGCCUCGCCUCGGCCGCAGCAGCCAUUGGGCCGUCCAUCCCCUUGGGGGGGCGGCCGGAUGGCAAGCCGGCCAAGAUGGAGAGCUGGAAAUGGAGCGACCCGUUCUCGGCGAGCCGCAUGCGCAAGCUGGACGCGGCCUGCGAGGCCGAGAAGACGUUUGAGGCCAUCGAGUACCUGCUGGACGACCUGUCCGAGGCGCCGCCGCUGGGCCUGCUCCCGUUCCGCGACGCGCUCAAGAAGGUCUUCGCCGACCGCGAGUACCCCGGCAGCUGGGACGGCAUCGACCCCCACGGCUACGACCGCAACCUGCUGAUGAUGGAGUACGCCGACGUGCCCGUCGCCGCGCGCGAGUGGAUCGAGGACCAGGAGCGCACCGCCGGCCCGGGCAAGGGCCUCUUCGCCAUAUACGAGAAGCCCGCCGCCGCAGACGACGUCGUGCGCAACACCGUCCGCAUCCCCCCCACCCCAGUCCUCCCGGGCCUCCGCCCGCUCGACAAGAAGAAGGUCAUCAUCUUUGCUCCCGGCGCCCUGUACGAGGCGCUGCCGCUGUGGGUUGCCGCGGGCAGUGACUGCGCUGAAACUCUCUUGGACAUUUCCAAGUACAGCGCGAAGCCGGCCGACGGCAGUGUCGUCGCUUACCCGACGAGCAAGACCAAGGCGAAGAGGUCGGCCGACAAGAGGGAGAUAAAGUUCACAAUCAAGGCGCAGGCCUUGAAGGCAAAGGCCGAUGAGGAUGCGGGUGCGUCUGAUGGCAAGAAAGAUGAGCUUUGA